AUCACCCGGAUGGAGUACGUCCACACCAAAAGCCUGAUCUACAGAGACGUCAAGCCAGAGAACUUCCUGGUGGGCAGCAAGCGGCAGCACACCAUCCACAUCAUCGAUUUUGGCCUGGCCAAAGAGUAUAUCGACCCCGAGACCAAAAAACACAUCCCCUACCGAGAGCACAAGAGCCUGACAGGGACAGCACGCUACAUGAGCAUCAACACCCACCUCGGGAAAGAACAAAGCCGCAGGGACGACCUGGAAGCAUUAGGGCACAUGUUUAUGUACUUCCUCCGCGGGAGCCUUCCUUGGCAAGGCCUCAAGGCUGACACGCUAAAGGAGAGGUACCAGAAGAUUGGUGACACAGAGGAGAUGGCCACGUACUUGCGCUACGUGCGGCGGCUGGAUUUCUUCGAGAAGCCAGACUAUGACUACCUGCGGAAGCUCUUCACAGACUUGUUCGAGAGGAACGGUUACGUGUUCGACUACGAAUACGACUGGGCAGGGAAACCGCUG